AAUAUGGCGGACAGCUCUCGAGGUAAAACGUAACUUUGUCGUCUCACUUACCUUUUCUUCAACGGGAUAAGGAGCCGAACGCUUUACGAAAAUUUAUUAACAUGGCGUUAGUAAAAAGGGGGGAUCAGUUGAGUGUUAGUACGGUGCAACAAUCUACCACAGAAUCGAAAGGAAAAGGUCAUGUCAAAGUACUUGAUGAAGAAACUUACGUUCAGUCUUUGAACAAAAUCAUUCAACGGGACUUCUUCCCUGAGCUUUCAAAACUCAGAGCACAGCAUGAGUACCUUGAUGCCGUUGAACAUAAUGACAUGGAGAAGUUACGCGAAAUUUCAGCCAGAUAUCAAGUGACACAAACACCAGGUGGUUCUUUGGCUACACCGGCUACAUUUGACACUCCCAGUACUAUUCAAGGAACACCAGCACCCUCAGGUACAAUGACAUCAGAUAACAGCGAGACUAGUGGUGCUCUGACAGGAAAUCACUUAGCAGGUGACAAGUCAGAGAGUAAGAAACAGGAUUCCGACUUAUCACUAGACAAGUUUCUUGUAAAGAACACCAGUGAAGAUAAUGCUUCCUUUGAACAGAUCAUGGACACUGCUGCCCAAAAACACAGAGAAAAAUAUAAGUGGCUAUAUGAGAAAGAACUAGAACAGAAAGAGAUGAGAGAGAAAACUCUUGCUUUACCAGCUCCUGAAAAUGGUGAUCAAUUCAAAAAUGAGGAGAGACCAUCAAUGAUUGAGACAUGGAAUUACACCAACAAAAAUGCUCUGAUGUAUUACCCUGAUGGCGUUGAGCUUUCUGUUACUGAGAAAAUAGAGGGAAAGUUUACUAAAAGACAGCAAAUACAGCAUGAAAACAGUAGAUUUAAAAGGGAUCCAUUUCCUAAUGAUUCUUGUGAUAAUAAGUUGGCUGCUGCUGCUGAAGCAGCAAGUCGUCUAGCUGCAAAACAAGGCAAAGUUGGAGUAGAUGGGCAGAUCCAAGGUGCUGGUGAAACUCCACGAGUGAAUGGGUAUGGUUUUGUUGCCACACCCUCACCUGCUCCAGGUGUAGAUGCAUCACCGCUAAUGACUUGGGGCAGCAUUGAAGGAACUCCUUUCCGAUUGGAUGGAGGUGAUACACCAAUAACUGCCACCCCUGGCCCAACCUUUAAAAUGCCAGAACCUAAAAAAAGGGACCAGUUAGGACUGGCCCUGGCUGACAAAGUCAACAGAAAACAUCGUCAGAAAAGAAGAGAUGCUUUAGCCAGGGCAACAGCAUUGAUUGGCAGGAGUCCAAAACAUAUGAACACUGUGGAUCGCUUAGGGCAAAUGUCACCUGCUGCACAAAGGCUGGCCUCACAAAGACUUGGAAUCAGAACAGGAACUGACAAAUCAUUACGUGCAAGUUAUACACCAUCGCCAUCAUAUCCACGAUCAGCCAACUCUACCCCUGUUCAUGUUCAGCAGUCCACCCCUGCAACACCAAAGGAUCACAGUUCCACACCAACACAGAGUGCAUCACUUACAGACAACCUCCUCAAGUUGCCAAAGCACUGACUUCUUCAGUGCCUUAUGUACCAUAUCGUCCCUUUACACACUUACAUCAGUAUGCAUAUCCUCCAUACUGUUCUCUUUGGAUUCCUCAUGGUACUUACAAAGAGAAUGUAACAAUCAUGAGCUUCUUGAAUUGGCUGCUGUUUCUUUUAUUCUCAUUAUACUGUUGGGAGAAAUCAGAUGCUGAUCACUCGUAGGGUGUAAAGGGUUUAUGACAGCCUGUUGUCAACAAUACCAAGUGACAGUUCAAAGAUUGUGAAAUGUUUUGAACAGAGAAUUCUAACCAGGUUUACUAGACUCCUGGGAAUUUGUUACAUUGCUGCUUUUGCUUGGCCUCUCAACACACUUACCUCAUUAGGAAAGCAAAUAUAGGAGCCUUGCCUUUUUCAUGGGUGAGAUGAUGGAUUGAAGAAAAUUAAAGAAUUAUUGCAAGCUAGAAGCAUUAAUGCAAACUACCUUACCUUAGUUAUGAGAAAGAAGCCCAAAGUAUUUAUAAAAUGAACAUCAGAGGAAUACAAUUGAAGGCACUUUGACUGUUUGUUUGUAUUUGUAAAAUAUUUGUUGUGUCCAUGUCUAUUGUGUAGUCAUCCAAAUUUGGCAAAACCCACAAAAAAUGUUGUUUCCCCUCCUCCUAUUCCCUUCUUCAAAUCUAAGGUAUUAUUUACAACUAAAAUGCAAACUUUUGACAUAUUGUAUUGAACAGCCAACAAUAACUGGAAAAUGUGAUGGUUUGACCUCAACCCAAGUUUUUUUAAUGCCUGUAACCAUGGUUGUGGUCUUAUUCUCAUCUGUAUUGUUGAAGUACUUUAAAUACAGAGUCCUCUUGCCCUGAAA